AUGUUAAAAAUUAAUAAAUCCAAAUUUGGAUUUUUAAUAUUUUUAACAUUUUUAGUAAUAAAUUUUUCAAAAUCAAUUCAAUUUAAUAAUCAAAUUAAUUUUAAUGAUAAUGGUAAUGAAAUUUUAAAUAAUAUUGAAGAUCAAAGAUUUAAUAAUGUUUUAUUAGAUUUACAUAUGGAAAGAGAUUAUAAAGAUGGUAAUAAACAAAUUUCAACAGUUUAUGGGCUAAUUGAAAGAUUAUUUAAUUUUGAAAUGACAUUAUUCUUUAAAUUAAAGAUUGAAGAAUCCGAAUGGAUGACUGGUGAAUAUUAUGAAAUUUCAACGGAAUCAGUUGAAAAUGAAGAUUCCUCAAAAAAUAUAACAUUUGUAACGAUUAGGGCAGAUUCCGGUGUGAAUUUAGCCAUGGGUUUACAAUAUUAUUUAAAGUAUUAUUGCUUCUGUAGUUACACAUGGUCCGGUGACCAAUGUUCAAUCACAAGUUAUAGCCAAUUACCAGCGGUAACAGAGGGUAGUGUAUCGAUACCAGUGAUAUCAGCCUAUAGAUAUUACAUGAAUGUGUGCACAUUUGGGUACAGUACCACAUGGUGGAAUUGGAGUAGAUGGGAGCGUGAGAUCGACUGGAUGGCUUUGAACGGCUAUAAUCUACCAUUAGCAUUCGUUGGCCAGGAGUAUAUCUGGUAUCGUGUUUUCAGUGAGCUCGGUUUAAGCUUUGACCAAAUAAGCACCUGGUUAACAGGUCCAGCAUUUUUACCAUGGAAUAGAAUGGGUAAUGUAAAUGGCUGGGGUGGGCCAAUUACAUUGGAUUGGUUAGAGAAACAAAGGGAUUUACAAAUUAAAAUAUUGGAGCGUAUGAGACAGUAUGGUAUGAAACCGGUGUUGCCAGGAUUCGCCGGUCAUAUACCAGGCGCAAUUCAGCAACUCUUCCCACAAGCAAACAUUAGUGUUUUAUCAACAUGGUGUAAUUUCAAUGGUACAUUCUACUUGGAGUCAACAGACCCUCUAUUCGCCAAAAUCACCACCAUGUUCAUCGGAGAGUUGAUUGAUGUAUUUGGAACUGACCAUUUCUACAAUUUCGACCCAUUCAAUGAAUUGGAGCCACCAUCAAAUGAUACAGAUUAUUUAAGACAAACUUCGCAAUCAAUGUAUGAAAAUGUGUUAUUAGCCGAUCCAAAAGCAGUUUGGGUAUUACAAGGCUGGUUCAUUGUUGAUGCUCCAGAAUUCUGGCAAGCAAAACAAACAGAAGCAUGGUUCUCUGGUGUACCAAUUGGUGGUGUGUUAGUAUUGGAUCUUUGGUCUGAUGUAAUACCAGGUUGGACAACUACAAACUACUACUACGGUCAUUAUUGGGUUUGGUGUAUGCUACAUAAUUUCGGUGGCAGAAGCGGAAUGUAUGGACGUUUACCAUGGAUUUCCAGCAACCCCAUUACAGCCCGUGGCUUGUCACCAAACAUGGUUGGCAUUGGUUUAACACCAGAGGCAAUUGAACAAAAUGUGGUGGUAUAUGAUAUGAUGAGUGAAAUGUCUUGGAGAUCGGUGCAACCUAAUCUAACAGAAUGGGUCACACAAUACACUCAUAGAAGAUAUGGUAAAUUGGUUCCAGAGAUUGUCGACGUGUGGAUUAGUUUGGUCAACACUGUUUUCAAUGCCACGGCUGCAACUGCUCGUGCAAAUAUGGGAGCACCUGAAAGCUUUAUUGCAUUAAGACCACAAUUAACAUUUGGCAAUAAUUCAUUCUACAAUCCAAAUAUACUCUACAAUGCAUGGAACGUCUUUUCAAUGGUGGAUGAUGAAUAUGUAAUUUCCACGGAAACAUUCGAAUUUGACAUAUCAGAAUUCACAAUGCAAUCUUUAAGUAACUACUUCAUGGACCAAUACUUCCUAUUGAUUGAAGCAUUCAAUGCCUCUGAUGUGCAAACAUUGUCAACUAUUUCAAUCGAGUUGUUGGAUAUCAUCAACUACAUGGAUGAAAUUGCAAGUACGCAAAGUUCUCUUCAAUUGGGGUUAUGGACAUACCGUGCUAGAUUAUGGGCCUACCCAACCAACGAUAUCCCAACCCUUCAAAAUAGUAGUAACUCAAAUACCGCACCAUACGAAUUCAAUGCUCGUAAUGUCUUAACUUUAUGGGGUCCUUCAAAUUCUGUACUCCAUGAUUACGCUUUCAAACUAUGGAGUGGUUUAGUAAGUGAUUUCUAUUCACCACGUUGGCAACUCUUUUUAAAGUCAUUAGUGCAAUCUGUUGAAAAUCGUAAACCAUUCAAUAAGGAAUCAUUCAAUAGAAUGGUUGAAAAUUUAGAAGAACAAUGGGUAGUUCAACAAACAAUUUAUCCAACAGUUCCAGUUGGUCAAGCAUAUAAUACUUCAAAAUAUAUUCAAACACAUUUAAAAAUUAAUUUUUAA